GAGCAGGAGAGUAAGGAGCGCGUCUUCUCGUCUGUCUUUCCUGUCCAAUGCCCCUUUGAGUAGGUUGAGCCACGUGCAUACAUAAGCCAUUUCGUUACUUGUCUGCAACGUUCCAAUUCAUCGUGUUUCACUGAAACACACAGCAGCAAAAUGGUGAAAUUAGCUAAGGCAGCAAAUAAUAAACAAGGCAUUCAGAAGAAAAAGGCCCCACCACCCCCUAAAGAUGUGGAGGAGGAAUCGAGCGAAGAGGACAGCAGUGACGAGGAAGAGACUCCUCCACCUAAGGCGGUGAAGAAAGCCACCCCAGCUAAAGCCACUCCAGUUGUUAAAAAUGGCACCGCUGCCAAAAAAGCAGAAAGUGAAGAUGACGAUGAUGAUUCUGAGGAGGAGUCUGAAGAGGAGGCCCCUGCACCAAAGAAGACGCCUGCAAAAGCAACACCGGCUAAACCCACACCAGCCAAAGCAGCCCCCGCAAAGGCAGAGGAAUCAGAUGACGACGAUGAUGAUGAUGAUGAGUCAGAGGAGGAGGCCCCACCACCCAAAAAAGCAGCCAAACCUGCUGCCAAGCCCCCAGUGAAGGCCCAACCUGCAAAGGAGUCCUCUGAUGAUGAUGAUGACGACGACGAUGAUGAUGACGACGAUGAAGAGUCAGAAGAAGAGGCCCCACCUCCCAAGAAGGCUACUCCAGCUAAACCAGCUGCCAAACAAGCUGCAAAGGCCCCUGCCAAGGAGGAAUCUGAUGAUGAUGAUGACGAUGAAGAUGACUCUGAAGAGGAGAUGGACACCACUCCUGCUCCUCCAGCUGCCAAGGCAAAGAAAGCAGGAAUGGUCAAGGCCAAGGAGGAGUCAGAGGAUGAUGAUGAUGACGAUGAUGAAGAUGACGAUGAAGAUGAUGAUGAGGAAGAAGAGGAAGCCCCAGUGACCGCUGGAAAGAGGAAGGCAGAUAGCAAGAAGGACACACCUCCUGCCAAAAAGGCAAAGUCAGAGGGCGAAGGUUUCUGUCUGUUUGUUGGAAACUUGAACUCCAACAAAGACUUUGAAGAAAUCAAGUCAUCCCUGAGGAAAUUCUUCUCCAAGAACAGCCUUGAGGUUGCUGAUGUCCGGUUAGGAGGAUCCAAGAAAUUUGGCUAUGUGGACUUUGCAUCUGAGGAGGACAUGCAGAAGGCGCUGGAGCUCAAUGGCAAAAAGGUCAUGGGCCAGGAGUUGAAGUUGGACAAGGCCCGCAGCAAAGACAGCUCACAGGAAGGCAAGAAAGAGAGGGACGCACGGACACUGUUUGUAAAAAAUCUUCCCUUUUCUGCGACGGCUGAUGACCUGAGGGAAGUCUUUGAAGAUGCAGUUGAUGUCAGGUUACCUCCAGGCCAGAACGGUUCAAAUAGAGGCAUUGCCUACAUUGAGUUUAAAACUGAGGCUGAAGCAGAGAAGAUGCUGGAAGAGGCGCAGGGAGCUGAUGUACAGGGAAGGUCCAUAAUCAUCGAUUACGUCGGAGAAAAGAGUCAGAAAGGAGCUAAAGUAGCAGUGGCAGGAGGAGUUAGCAAAACACUGGUAGUGAAUAAUCUUGCCUUCAGUGCCACAGAAGAAGUCUUACAGUCCACAUUUGAGAAGGCUUCUUCUAUAAGGAUUCCACAGAAAGACGGCAGAGCUAAAGGUUUUGCUUUUGUAGAGUUUGAGAGCACAGAGGAUGCUAAGGAAGCCUUGGAAAACCUGAACAACACAGAAAUCGAAGGCCGGUCAAUUCGACUGGAGUACAGCCAGAACAGUGGUGGCAGAGACGGGGGAAGAGGAAACUCAGGUCCAACAAAAACCCUCUUUGUCAAGGGUCUCUCUGAGGACACAACAGACCAGACCCUUAAAGAUUCAUUCGAGGGCGCUGUAGCAGCUAGGAUAGUCACAGACAGAGACACAGGCUCAUCAAAAGGCUUUGGCUUUGUGGACUUCGACAACGAGGAGGAUUGCAAGGCAGCCAAGGAGGCAAUGGAGGAUGGCGAGAUCGACGGUAGCAAGGUGACCCUGGACUAUGCCAAGCCCAAGGGCGAAGGCGGCUUCCGUGGAGGCCGAGGUGGCGGUGGAUUUGGUGGCCGCGGUGGUGGCAGAGGAGGACGUGGCGGCUUUGGCGGCUUCGGUGGCCGUGGCGGCGGCGGCAGAGGAGGUCGUGGUGGGUUUGGCGGCCGCGGUGGUGGUAGAGGAGGAGGACGUGGCGGCUUUGGAGGUGGAAGAGGUGGUGGUGGAUUUGGAGCCAAACCCCAGGGGAAGAAAAUCAAGUUUGAUGACUAAAUCCUUAGUCUAUUUUACUUUUUGAAUGGACUCUGGUUUCAUCAGUUUUCAGAGCUUUUGGACAUUCCAGAAAGCGUCAUUGACAUAUAUUUAACUGUUAAUGGGCAUUUUAGCCCUUUAUUUAGGUCCCUCAACCUUCCCCCGCCCUUGUGUGCCAGAAUGGUACUUUUGACCCUCUCAGCUCAAGUACUACGUGCGAGUACUGAAUGUCCUGAAUGCAAACCUGCACCCCUCGCCCUCGUUAGCUUACUUGCUUUUCCGAAGGAGUAAAAUGGAAAGGGUCUGGCAAACAAGUUUGCUGUGAAAAAUAUGCGUCUUUGUCAGAUACAUUGUGUAAAUUUAAACAGUUUGUAUGAUUUCAUUUUACCUUUUUGUAAAAAAAAAAAAGAUUACACUUGUAUCUAUAUGUUUUUGUUUUUAUUUUGUUUGUCAUUUAGUUUGCUUUAGGUGCCAAGUUUUACUGUAAUGUGCAAAGCAUAUUUUGAUAGAUUUGAGAGUUGGGUGUUUAAAAAACAUGGCAUAGAUGGACAUGCCACGUUUGAUUGGUGGGGCACAGUCGGUGUCUGAGUCGCAGAGGAUGAAUGACCUUAUCUAUGUAACAUAAAAUAUUUGUAGUGCAUUGACUAAUUUUUCCCAUCUGAGAAUCGAGAUUUUCAUGUGAUUGAAUAAAACCUUGUAGGUGGUGAUUUUUAAA